AGCACACGCCCCCGGGUGUUGUGCGAGCCCAAUGAUUGGCCAUGAGUGUCUGGGCGCGAGCGCGGAGAUUGGCUGACGCAGCUUAGAGGCGAGCCGAGAUAAAUUACUGGGCGGGCGGAAGGUUUGAAUGGUCAACGCCUGGGGCUGUUGGUUUUCUUACUCCGAGGCGGUAACUUCGGCCUUCUGCUCAGGGAAGCCGCCGAGUCCGACGCUGGCCUCCCAGUUGGGAGGCAGAGUUGCAGUUUGGUUAACUGUCUACUUUCCCCUAGAUUUCCUUUUAUUCUGCUCGAAUCUCCGCCUGUGUUCGACCCCUACCCACUUUCCUUCCUCCCGAUGGCAAGCCUCAGACUCCAGGCUUGGGGUAAGUUCACAGUGGUCUCCGCAACAGAAUCACGGAGACCCCAUUGACCCCUUAGGGUCCAGUUGGGCCCCCACAAACGGAGGUUGGGAAGGCCGAAUGGGCAAUAUUGCGAGUUACCAGACCCGGGUUCCUCUGGAAAGGAGUCUGGAGUUGUGUCGCGUGGAACAAGUCAAAAUCCCCACUUUAUUCCAUCUUUAAAGUCCUAAGGUUGCCUUUCGUCAGUGAAUUCAGGUUCUAACCUGAAGCCAAGCCGCUUCGACCAAGUGCAGUUUAACCUUGAAGCCAGGCUGUGAAUCACCCUUCGGGGAUGCCCCUCCUCCAGUGCUGAUCCGCCUGACUGAAAAGGGUGGAGGAGUUUGGGAAAGCGGAGGGAACUGUGAUGUACCGGUACAGAUGAUGUUUUCCUCCUAGCUAGGUUUUGUUUUUCUUCUGUGAGAACUCGAAGACCAUGUCUGCAGAACUCUUCUCAUCCUUAAGAGAGGAAGGAAGCUCUGGCUCAGGACCCAGUUUUAGGUCUAAUCAAAGGAAAAUGUUAAACCUGUUCCUGGAGAGAGACACUUCCUUUACCGUCUGUCCAGAUGUCUCUAGAACUCCAGUGGGUGAAUUUCUUGGUGAUUCUACAAACCUAAGCAUUUUGUCUGGAGGAACCCCAAAACGUUGCCUUGAUCUUUCGAGUCUUAGCAGUGGGGAGAUAUCUGCCACUCAGCUUACCACUUCUGCAGACCUUGAUGAAACUGGUCACCUGGAUUCUUCAGGACUUCAGGAAGUACAGUUAGCUGGGAUGGAUCAUCACCAGCACCCAAUGAAAAGUAGCCCAGCACAGCUUCUUUGUAGCACUCCAAACGGUUUGGACCGUGGCCAUAGAAAGAGAGAUGCAAUGUGUAGCUCAUCUGCAGAUAAAGAAAAUGAAAACAGCACUUUGAGGCCGUUGGAGUGGCAUGCACCCAGGAACCUGAGAUUUCAAAAGAGAUCAGGGGAGCCUUAUGUGUUUCCUUUAUCUCUGCUGGACAAUGGAAACUUGGCGGACAGUGAAAUGAAAUAUCUGGGCAGUCCUAUUACUGCUGUUCCAAAAUUGGAUAAAAAUCCAAAACUAGGAGAAGGCCAGGCAGAAGAGAUUUCAGAUGAAUUAAUGGAGUUUUCCCUGGAAGGUCAAGAAGCCAAGGCCUCAGUGAACAGAAGCUGCCUAUAUCGCUCCCCCUCCAUGCCGGAGAACUUGAAUAGGCUAAGACCGAAGCAGGUGGACAAAUGCAAGGACAAUGCAAUGCCAGAUAAAGUUAAAAAAAAGUAUUUUUCUGGCCAAGGAAAGCUCAGGAAGGGCUUACAUUUAAAGAAGACAGUCUCUCUGUGUGACAUUAAUAUCAUUGAGAUGCUGGAGGAAGAUUCUAACCAAGGGCAUCUGAUUGGUGAUUUUUCCAAGGUGGCUGCCUUACUGUUGGGGAAGUUCCAGGGUCUGAUUGAGAAGUUUUAUGUCAUUGAUUGUCGCUAUCCAUAUGAGUACCUGGGAGGACACAUCCAGGGAGCCUUAAACUUGUAUAGUCAGGAAGAACUAUUUAACUUCUUUCUAAAGAAGCCCAUUGUCCCUUUGGACACCCAGAAGAGAAUAAUCAUCGUGUUCCACUGUGAAUUCUCCUCAGAGAGGGGCCCCCGAAUGUGCCGUUUUCUGCGAGAAGAGGACAGAUCUCUGAACCAGUAUCCUGCAUUGUACUACCCAGAGCUAUAUAUCCUUAAAGGCGGCUACAGAGACUUCUUUCCAGAAUAUAUGGAGUUGUGUGAACCACAGAGCUACUGCCCUAUGCAUCACCAGGACCACAAGGCUGAGUUGCUGAGGUGUCGAAGCCAGAGCAAAAUGCGGGAAGGGGAGCGGCAGCUGCGAGAGCAAAUUGCCCUUCUGGUGAAGGACAUGAGCCCAUGAUAACAGACCAGCCACUGGCUGCUAACAGGUCAUCCAAAGACACUGCAGAAACCCUGAGCAGAAAGAGGCCUUCUGGAUGGCCAAACCCAAGAUUGUUAAAAGAUGUCUGUAAACGAACAGGCUGCCAACCUGUUGAAAUGCCAGGCCUGGGAAUGGAUAAGGCUUCAGCUUGCUGAAACCUGGUGACAGAGUUCUGGAGCUGGCUCUAUAAGGCAGCCUUGAGUUGCAUAGAGAUUUGUGUUGGUUCAGGGAACUCUGGCAUUCCUCUUCCAAACUCCUCAUGUCUUCUCACAAGCCAGCCAACUCUUUCUCUCUCUGGGCUUCUGGCUAUUCAAAAGUUAUCUUCCUUCUUUCUUUGUAUUUUCCUUCAUUGUUUCCCCCUCUCCCUUUUUUAAAAAUGGAAAAAUAAACACUGCAGAGUGAGA